UAAAAUAUCAAGAGCCAUGGAAUAUAUAGUGAAUCUUUACAAUUUUAUACUACAUAAACUAAAAAACAGUAACUCUGUAAAUAAAUUAUCAAUUCGAAAUUCAUUUAAAAAACAAUAUUAGUUAUCGUUCAUCCAUGUCAUCAUCCACUGGUGGUUAUCAUCAUGCGAUAAUUCUAUCACCGGCUGUUUAUGCAAGACCUUGUUAUGCAGAUAAUAUCAGUAAUGAUUCCGCAUAUUGGAAACAUGAAGAUGCAGCCAGACAUUUAUCAAAUCAUGUUAUGAAUAAAUAUCCGAAUUUGAAUGUUUUAUGUUUAAAUAAUUCAAAUUACAUGAAACAUGAUCUUUGGUCUGAUCCAACACGAAUUAAUGCUUGUCUAUUUUCACAAGCUAGUCGGAUUGUUUUAUUUAUACCGGAUGAUGCAACUGAACACAUUACACAUUUCAGUCGACAUUGUCUACAGCCAUUAUUGUGUAGAUCACGUGAUCAAGGUGGGCGACCAGAAUGGCAUUCACGUUUUAUCGCUGUUGCUAUUGGUAGUGUACAAGUGCCAAAUCAACUGAAUUCAGAUGUACCAUUUAUAAAUGUGAUACGUUUUCGAGAAAUAGGAUGGUUUCGAGAUAUUAUGGGCAUGAUGCUAUUGGAAAGAGCAAUUAAAGAUUUUUGGAUUCCAUCUGAAAUGAAAGAAUUCACAUCACAACAAUCAGAUUUAAAACAAUCUAAUCUAUUAUCUAUUAAAUAUAGUUUAAAUGAAAUCAUUGAAACCACAUCAUUUGUUGACAUAACUACACAUGUUGUUGGUAAAAUGAAUUUCAAUGAAAUUCAUAAAAAUUCACAUUCACAAUUGAAAUCUCCUUUAGUUAAAAAAUCAAUUCAUGAUGAUAUUUCAAAUGAUAACAAUACAAAAAAUGAUUCCGUGAAUCAUAAUCAUUCAUCAAAAUUAGAUGAAGACAAUCGUUUACAAUCAAUUCGUCGUCAUAUUAAACCAGAAUUUGAAGCUGAACAAUUACAAGAGAAUAUUUUAGAAGCACGUUUAAUUGGAACUAUUGGUCAAGUCAUACCAGUCAAUAUUAAAAAAGAUUCACUAAAUACCGCCGAUUUAUCUACUGAAACAAAUGAACAUGAUAAAAUUGAUAUUAAAACAAAAACUUCUACAUCAACACUUGAACUAAAUGUCAACGAAAUCAAUUCACCAUUAGAUAUAAAUAACACUUCAAUUACCACAUUGAAAACAAAUGAAAACUCUAUAAUAACAACCAAUACUAAUCUGUCUGAUAAUUUUUCAACAUUACCAAAUGCAACAUCGUUAAUUUCUUCUACAAUUUCCAAUAUUUCACCAAAUCCUAUAAAUGUAGCACCAGAUUUAAAAACAGCUACAAUUUCAAUUGUUCAAACAAUCGAUGAUAAAUUAAAACAAAAUUUAAAUUAUAAAAAUAUACCUAUGAUUGAUGAAGAAGCAGCAUAUGAAGUAAAUCCAAUAACAACUGUACCAGAACCUGCAGCUGUAUCGACUGUACCAAUGAAUACACCGAAAAUAACCAUUUCAACUACACCAUUAGUGAUAACAUCAUCAACCUGUGGUAAGUCGAAUAAUGCAAUUCGUACAAAAAUGCAUAAAAUAACUCGUGAAGAAACAAUUACAUCACAAUCAGAAACAAUGACAACUACAACAAAUAGUAUUAAUCGAAUUAUUUGUAGUAGUAGUAGUAGUAGUAAUUCUACAGUUAUUGUUGACAAUAAGUUUAAACGUUCACAUACAAAUAAUCAUAAUAAUGAUAAUAAUAAUGUUGAUGAUGAUGAUGAUCAUGAUCAUUUGACACAACCAAAACAAACUAAAAAUUCUAAUCUAUCAUCAAAAUCACAUACAAUUCCAGUACAAUCUGAUGAGAAUGAUAAACAAAAAACUCGUUCUAGUUCAUUUUCACCAACUAAAAAACCAAUACGUAUUAUACCGGUAAAUCGUAAAAAAUUUGUUGAAACAAAAAGUCAAGAAACAACUGAUAUCAUUAAUAAGCCUAACAAUGGUGGAUGCAUUAAAACAAUCACUAUUUCCACUGAACCAAAAAUAAUCAAUCAAAAUAAUACUAAAUCUAGAUCAAGUUCAACCUCUCGUUAUAUGGUAAGAAAAUGUUUACGAAGUGGUGUUGGUAGCCCAUCACGAUCAAGUCGUUCACCGACAAAAUCUACCAGUCCAUGUCAUCAGAGAAUUGUAAAAAUUUAUGCAACUCAACCAUUUAGUAAAUUACAAAAUAUGCUAUCUGAUUCAUCAACACAAAUCAUAUCACCAUUAGCUACUGGUGUAUUUACCAAUGAUGGUAUAACAUGUUAUGGAUUAUGUGGAUUACAAUAUCGACAAAAAACUAUCAGUACUACUACUAAUGAUAAUAGUAGUACAAAAAAUAAUGAUAAAAAUAAUAAUGAUAAUGAUGAUGAUCAAAACGAUAUGGGUAGUAUUGAUAAUAAUAAUAAUAAUCAUAGUAAUAAUAACAAUAAUAAUACUAAUACUAACAAUAAUAAUCAUACAACUAAUCUUCAUACUAAACCAUCCACUUCAUUAUCUGUUUCAAGGGAAAUGAAUAAUUGGACUGGACCAGAUUCAGCGGAAACUUAUCGUUUAGAAUUAUUAUUGGCUAAUAAAUUAAUCACUACAGAUGCUGAUGAUAAUGAGAAAUUGGUAAAUUCUGAAUUGAAUAAUAUUCAAAAUUUAACUACAAAAAAUUCAGUGGUUUUAGUACAUUCAAAUAAACCAAUUGAAGAUUUUUCGCAUCAAAUGUCUUGUUUAAUUGCAUCAACUUCCAGUCUACAUGACAUCAAGAAUGCUGGUGAAGUAGAUUACAUAACAUGGCAACUGCUUGGAGUGUUUGUUUUCACAUUUGUUACAUUAAUGAUAUCAUUAACUGUAGCUUUUACUUGUUUACAUCGUGAAGGAUGUGAUUUUGUCAGUUUUAUAAAAUAUACUAUGCAAUUUUUUAAACGUCAAUAAACACGUCAACAUAUCCACAUGAUAAGAAAAUUCAUAUCAGACGUAACAAAAAAAAAACAAUUCAUUAUUGAGCUAAUCAUAUAUUCAGAUAUACAUAUAUAAAAAUGAUUUUUAUCUUGUAUUAUUUGCACAUAACUAUCAUGUUUCCAUUUCUGAUUUAUUUUUAAACAAUCAAACCAAAUUCUAAUUUGUUUUAAUGUUCCAAUUUUAUUUUCGUUAGACAAUAUUUUUACGAUUGAUUUAAUUUCUAGUAUCAUCAUCACCACAUAUAAUCAGAAUAAUGAAAUUUUAAUAAAAU